UCUCUCUCUCUCUCUCUCUCUCUCUCUCUCUCUCUCUCUCCACCAUGAAUUUACGGCGGCACAAGGUCUCGGAGUCUACUCCAACCACCCGUCGCCGUCGAAGCAGCUCGCUACUUACUUCCGACGAAUUACUACUGAACAUCCCAAUCGAUCUCGUCAUCGAGAUAUUCUCGAGGCUGCCACUGAAGUCCAUCGCGAGAUGCCGCUGCGUAUCGAACCGGUGGGCCUCCGUACUCCGCCGUCCCGAUUUCACGGAGCUCUUCUUCGCCAAAUCUCUUACUCGCCCUAAGCUAUUGUUCGCCUGCCGUAAACAGGAUAAGAAGGAGGUGGUCUUCUUCUCCACACCUCAGCCUCAAAAUCUGGGUGAGGAUGCGUCUCUCCUUCUAGCCUCCUCCAAUGAUGAUCAUGUGAGUUUCUCCUUUGAGAGCGUCGGUGAUAUAUGUAUCUCUGUCAAUGGAUAUUUCUGUAUAAGCGAUGAGGGAAUGAAAAGCAGCAGUGAGGUUGUGUUGGUGAUAUGUAACCCUAGCACAGGACAAUCUUUUACUUUACCCAAACUGGAGACAAGGAAGGGGGCUGAAAUGAGAAGGUUUUUGGGGUAUGAUCCAGUCGAGAAACAAUACAAGCUGUUGUCAGUGACCAUACUAGAUGAUGAUAACAGUGUUGUGGACCAUCAGGUUCUAACGCUAGGGACUGGGAACAUGACGUGGAGAUUGGUUGAAUGUGACUUGUAAAUGCAUCGAUGGUGUUCUUUAUUACUUUGCUAGGGCUUCCAGUGUUGAGGAUACGAUAGUUUGUUUCGAUGUCAGAUCCGAGAAGUUCAGCUUUGUUAAACAUGUGGGAAGAGGAAUGCUUUCUGAGACUCUGAUAAACUUCCAAGGUAAGUUGGCUUCAGUAAGGUCUUCGUGGCCCUUUGUCGUUAGUGGAAGAAGUAUAAGUUUUGAGAUGUGGAUUCUAGAAGACCCUGAGAAACAUGAAUGGUCCAAACAUGUUUUCAAUAUACCUCCUAUGUGCGAGGACGCAGCUCCGAGGGAGAUUUUGUACUUUGUUGGAGUGACUGAUACAAAUGAAUUUGUAUUUAAACCGUUCUCUUCUUCUGAACCUUUCUAUGUUCACUGCUACAAUUUUGUCAAGGAUGCUAUAACAAGAGUUGAGAUCCAAGGAAUGGGAGCGUUUGAGGAGACUUCUGGAGUUUGCAUAUUUCUGAACCAUGUUGAAAACGUGAAGCUUAUGUAACUGUUUUAGGACUUUGUAGUGGAUGCUGGCUCUUAAGUUCUUGUGUUGUGUAUCAUGUGGUCUUUGAUUAGAGCCAUUAUCUUUCCACUGCUUAUGUGUUUUUGUUAUAAGGUUUUUAGUUCUCGGAAUGAAUAUUCUCAGAUGUCUACUAUGGUUUUCAUCUUAUCUUAGAUGCAAUGGUAUUAUUCGACUGAUGCAUGUGACUGACCUUGUGUAUAUUUUCUAAAUAUAACUAACUCUGUUCUGAUGCGA